AUGCCCCUAAUCCAUUAUUCACCACAGAAGAAGCGGUACCGACAAGAUGGACUCGCUUCGCCAAACUCACCCACCGCCGUCUCGUCCAACCCAUCGUCACCCAAGAAGAUCAAAAAGAGCAAGUAUGUCAAUGCACCCUCUCACAACCUGUCAAGUCCAUCCAAGACUUUCUUUAAGCCAGAAGUAACGCGCACGCCCUCUCAUUCAGCGCCUUCGCCACCUUCUCGCAGCACGCAUGCUUUCACUUCAAACGGGUCCGACGGCGCAGCAUGGAUCAAAGAUGCACUGAAAAACGUCAAUCAGCGCAUAACCGAUUCUCGGGCAGCUCUACCCAUCUCUUCUGGAAAAGAAGCUAUCGUAGAAGCGAUCCGCAAGCAUGACACGGUUGUCAUUCUCGGCGAGACCGGUUCAGGCAAAACCACCCAGAUCCCCCAAUUCCUAUUCGAAGCAGGUUUCGCACGCCACGCACCUGUCCAGAUGAUCGGUGUGACACAACCUAGACGAGUCGCUGCUACCUCACUUGCACGGCGUGUUGCAGUAGAGAUGGGUCAGCCUGACCCUGCUCUGCUACCCAACCUCAAGGGCAAAGCACGAACAGCCGCAGGCGGCUUGGUUGGUUACAGCAUUCGAUUCGAGGAUCGCACCACCCGCAACACGCGUGUCAAGUUCAUGACCGACGGUAUGGUGUUGCGAGAAAUGAUUGGUGAUGUUGCUGCUGGUAUAUCUAGUUCGGCUUCUCCAAAUUCGACCGCCUUGCAGUCCAACUUGCUGCUCAAGUAUUCGGUGCUGAUCAUCGAUGAGGCGCACGAAAGGACGCUUCGUACAGAUCAGGUGCUCGGUCUUGCCAAAAGAAUACAACGUGAACGCAAAGCGCUCCGUUACUCCUGGGUGGCACGUGGCAAGCCCUCAAACGAGCCCGAAGUGUCCGAGCUCAAGAUCAUUGUCAUGUCUGCCACCCUCGAUGCCGACCGGUUCGCCAACUUCUUUGCUACGCCAUCUACUGCCCUUGCUAACACCAUGAGCAUAUUCGACUCCAAAACAAUCACCGCAGCCAAUGAAAAGCAACAAGUUCCCAUCCUCUACGUCAAAGGCCGUCAACACGAGGUCACCAUGUUUCACACCGACCAACCAGCGCAAGAAUGGACUGACGCUGCUUUACGCACUGUUCUUCAGAUCCAUGUCUCGCGCCCGCCAGGCGACAUUCUUGUCUUUAUGACUGGUCAGGAAGAGAUCGACACGCUCGCACGUUCUUUGGAGCUCUACUCGUCCGAACUACCUGCCUGGGCUGAAGCUGAGGGAAAGCAGCUUCCCAUGUCGCUCAUGAUUGCUCCGCUCUAUGCUGCUCUCGGCCCCAGUGCAAGUGCCAAAGUGUUUGGUCCCACACCACCUCGCACGCGCAAAGUUGUGCUGGCUACCAACAUUGCCGAAACAAGUAUCACGAUUCCGGGUAUCGUCUUUGUUGUCGACUGCGGUUUGGCGAAAGAGAAAGUUUACACACCGGGAACAGCAGUCGAGACGCUACAGGUGCAAGAGAUCAGUCAGUCGGCGGCGAGGCAGCGAGCAGGUCGAGCGGGUCGUGAACGUGCAGGAGAGUGCUACCGUUUGUACACGCAGGAGGCAUUCAAGAGUCUUUCGCUUGCCGGCACUCCUGAGAUCGUAAGGACAGAUCUAGCUGCUGCCGUGCUCCAACUUUGCGCUAUGGGUCAAGAUCCAUAUACAUUCGACUGGUUGGAUCAACCCGAUCGUACGGGCUUGCAGGAAUCUGUCCUUCAGCUAAUCCAGCUGGGCGCGCUCGAGAUCAAGACCAUCCCUGCUCAGUCACAGUGCAAAGGCGAGGCCGAGGCGAAAGCGGUAAAACCAACCGCCAAACUGGCUUUGACAUCGAUCGGUAGCAAGAUGGCCAUGCUUCCCGUAUCACCAUCCUACUCACGCUCGCUCAUCGCUGCCGGUGAACGCGGUCCUACAGUAGCAAGACAGGUUCGUGACCUGAUCGCGAUCCUUUCCGCGGACCGGUCUAUCCUUGUCGAGCCUUCCGACCCGGAAAAACGCGACGAGGCGAAUCGAGCCAAAGCUACCUUCAUCCAUCCAACCGGUGACCACGCUACGCUGCUUAGCGUCUUGUAUUCGUAUCUUGACGAAUCGGAUAAAUCACGUCAAAUGGCCAAGAGGCGCAAGGGUGAGGCUAACGUUGAUGCCAAGGUGGUAGAGCGCGAAGCCAAAGAACAGCUCAAGGCGUGGUGUAGCAAUCACUACGUUCACGAGAAAGCGGUCAAGAACGUGCUGCAUAUUCGAAAGCAACUGCAAACGAUUUGUCGACAGCAAAACAUAGUGUGUGAUGACGAUCUCGAUCAACGUUUCGAUAGUACUGCAAACCACCAGCAAGACAAGGCAUCGGAAUCCGAUUCAGACAGCUCCUCUUGCUCGGCGCUGAUCAAGCAAGUGGAUAGAAGCGGACUCUUCGUCACUCGCAAAUUCGCCACUCCCUUGUCCACACACCAUUCCGAAGAGGAUACCCACUUCACCGGUCUCCGUCAAUCGCUUCUCGAAGGACGCAUCGCCAACGCAGCCUUGAAAAACGCUUCCGCACCCAACACGUACAAGCGCAUCACUUCGUCCGCUUCGAGCUCAGCUGGCAUGUUCAAGAUCCACCCCUCAUCCACGUUGCAUCCUAGUAAGAUGGCACGAGAAGCACCAACUCGCGGUCCAGGUACGAGUAAGAAGAUGGACGCGAUUCUCUUUGAAGAGCUCGUGUUCACAACCCAAACAUUUGCUAGGACGGUCAGCGUUAUCGAGCCUGGCUGGCUGCAGGAAUUUGCUCAGCGUGGCUAG